AGUUGCCAGAGAUUAUUCUAUGUCUGACAGGUAGAGGUUUUUGUUUGUGGGGGUUGUAUGUUUUAAGAUUAAGCCACCAAGAUGUUAGCUUUAAUGAAUCGAAUACUAGAUUGGUUUAGGAGUUUAUUUUGGAAAGAAGAAAUGGAAUUGACGCUAGUUGGAUUGCAAUAUUCCGGAAAAACAACUUUUGUUAAUGUUAUUGCUUCCGGUCAAUUUAGUGAGGAUAUGAUACCGACAGUCGGUUUUAACAUGAGAAAAAUAACAAAGGGAAAUGUAACUAUAAAGAUCUGGGAUAUUGGUGGACAGCCCAGGUUCAGAUCUAUGUGGGAAAGAUACUGCAGGGGAGUCAAUGCUAUCAUAUAUAUGGUUGAUGCAGCAGAUCCUGAUAAAAUUGAAGCUUCUAGAAAUGAACUGCACAGCUUAUUAGAUAAACCUCAACUUGCUGGAAUACCAGUACUAGUUCUCGGAAAUAAACGUGAUAAACCACAAGCAUUAGAUGAAAAUGGUCUUAUUGAAAGAAUGAAUCUGUCUGCUAUUCAAGACAGGGAAAUUUGCUGCUACUCAAUUUCGUGUAAGGAAAAAGAUAAUAUUGACAUUACUUUACAGUGGCUAAUUGCACAUUCAAAAUCUGGUAUGCAUUAGUAAUGCUUAAUAUAUAAAUAUUUUGUUGUAUAUUUAGGAAUAUGUUUAGCAUCACUAUGAAAUUAUGUGACAACUUUUUUUUAUUUAUAUAUGUAUAUACUUAAAGAAACUCUAUAGGCAAAAUACACAGCUUGAUAAUUU